CAUGAAAUUACAGAUGCAGUUCAGUUUUGCUACAACACGGUGAAAUUUAUUAAUUUAUUAUAUUUAAACAUGCGGCUCCAGUCUCUAGUAAUGAUUUUGUUUAAAGUUUUGCUUUUGGCUCAACUAAUCACCUCUACACCUCUCGGAGGACUCCCAGUAUUAGGAGGAGGAGGGAAAGGAGGUGGUGAAGGAAAUGGUAAUGGAGGGGGAAAAGGAGGUGGAGGACUUCCAAUUAUCGGAGAUCUUCCAAUUCCUGGAGGACUUCCGAUUCCCGGAGGUCUUCCAAUUCCAGGAGGUCUUCCAAUUCCAGGAGGUGAAAAAGGAAAGAAAGGUGGUGGACUUCCAAUUCCAGGAGGACUUCCAAUUCCCGGAGGUCUUCCAAUUCCAGGAGGACUUCCAAUUCCAGGAGGACUUCCGAUUCCAGGAGGUGAAGAAGGAAAAGGAGGUGGUGGACUUCCAAUUCCAGGAGGACUUCCGAUUCCCGGACUUGGAGGUGGAAAAGGAAAUUGAAUACAUUUUACUCACAAUUUACUUAAUGGUUGACCGUUACGGUGAUAUCUUUGAUUUUAAACGAAGCGUGUUGUUGAUUAACUCAAAAGUAAAUAAAUAUAUUUGAAAUAAGGGUCUGUGGUUAAAUAUUAUUUACUCACGCCCUAAUAGAAAGUA